AGUCAAAGGGAUGCCAGCCACAGCUCUGUAAAUAUCGUUCCCUAGUCUCCGAAGCCAGGCUAGCCAGCGGAUAUCUCAAGAUGGAAAACAUUCCUCAAGAAAUCUUGAUCGAGAUCCUGAUUAGGCUUCCAGUCAAAUCUCUAAUCAGAUUCAUCUUAGUCUCCAAAACCUGGCAAUGCCUCAUCACAAGUCCCAAUUUCAUCUUCACACACCUCAAAAAGAUCCAGAAUCAGCCCAACAAAAAACAUUCUCUUCUGCUCUGCAGGCACUAUAGUCGAAAUGACCAAACAGAACAUUACUCCUUGCACCCUGAUAACGAUGAUUUUGUCCAUAAAUCUUCCAAAAUCAGAUUUCCACUCAAGUCCAAGGUGGGUUGUUAUCGAAUUGUAGGCUGCUGCAAUGGGUUGGUUUGUCUGUGUGAUGAUAUGUUUGGUACGUUUCGCCUGAAACCCAUAAUUUUAUGGAACCCUUCAGUACAGAAGUCGAUUGAGCUGCCCUUACCCAGUAUUCAGCCCUAUUGGGAUCGUUCAAGAAUAUUUUUGCUUGGUUUUGGUUGUGAUUUUCAGGGAUUUGACUAUAAAGUUGUGAGGAUUGUGUAUGAUCGACUUUAUGGCUUGUCUGUUGGGGUUGAGGUUUAUUCACUUAGCACAAAAAGUUGGAAAGUUUUGGCUCAUGGUCCUCAAACUUGUCCUAGGUAUUAUAUCACCGAUUUUUGUCUCUCGCAGGUAUUUGUCAACGGGGUUAUGCAUUGGCUUGCACAUCGUAGGAAAGGAAGUUUUGGGAAUUCAAUAAUGGGGUUUGAUAUGAAAGAUGAAAUUUUCAUAGAGAUCUUCUUACCGGAAGCUUUGGUGGAUGAGCGUGCUGCAAAUUUGUGUCUUAUGAAACAUGGUGGUUGUCUUGCUGUGAUGAAGUACAAUGGAUAUGAGAACAAUUAUAGCCUUUGGGUGAUGAAGGAAUAUAGGAAUGUGGAGUCGUGGAAGAGGCUGUAUAAUAUUGGAUUAGUGGAAGGGAUGGAGAAUGUGAUUGGAUUUAGUAACAACGGUCAUCUUUUCGUGACAAUGUUUGUGGAUGAGAUGUUUGUUAGUGAUCCUGCAAGUGGAGUGCUGGUUUCAUUUGACCUUGAGAGCAGAAAAAUUAAGGAUCUUGAAAUUUUUGGGAAGCUUGGUUCGAUUUAUGUUGAAAAUUUUGUGGAGAGCCUAGUCUUGCUUGAAGGAUAAAGUGAAUUGCUGAUUGAUGCUUCUACUUGCAAGGAAAAGAGAGGUGUGUGAAAUGAAGAGUGGCUGUAAACAACAAUAGUAGUGGAAAAAGUGGAGCAAAUGACUGAACAGGCAAGGAAGAUUUGAUGAAAUUAUAACCGUUUUGGAGUGAGUUUUUAUUGUAAUUUUUGUUGGUGCUGUGUUUCUAUUAUCCAACUUUGGUAGUCUUUAAAUGGAAUGCUAUUACCAUGAUUCUCAUCAUAGACUCGCUCGUUUAUGUUCCGCUAGCCUGUUAAUUUUAAAACGAACAUAAUGCUAUAAGCUGAAUUUAUAAUUA